AUGGAACAAAUACUUAGUUCAGUUGAAGAUAACUUACUUAUUGUUUAUUCAACUAUCUCCAUUAUAGUAAUUUCUGCUAUUGCAGUAAAUCAAACAGCUCGUUCUUUAUUAUUAUUCUGUUGGAAUUGUUUUGUAGUUCCAUUUUUCCACAAGAAGAAGAAUGGUAUUGAACAACAAUCUAAUUUGGAAUUGUUUUAUAAAAAUCAAGCUCAUAUUUAUGAUAAAACCAGGGAAUAUUUAUUAAAAGGUAGAGAAGAAUGUUUGAAAUUGGCUGUUAAUCAUUUAGAAUCACAAAAAGAUUUGGUUUGGGUUGAUAUUGGUGGUGGUACUGGUUCUAAUAUUGAGUAUAUGAAUAGUGUUUUACCAAUUUCUAACUUUAAAAAAGUUUAUUUAGUUGAUUUAUCACCAAGUCUUUGUGAUAUUGCCAUUAACAGAUUCAAAAAUAACGGUUGGUCAAAUGUUGAAGUAUUAAUUGCUGAUGCUUCCAGUUUUAAAAUCCCUUAUGAAAAAGUUGACUUGAUCACCUUCUCUUAUAGUUUAUCAAUGAUUCCAACUUAUUAUAAUACUAUUGAUAACGCAGUCAAUUUAUUGAGUCAAUCAGGUAUCAUUGCAUCAGUAGAUUUUGGUAUUCAAUCUAAUGAUACUUCUAUUGGUAGAAUUAAUACCUUAGGUGGUUUAAUCAACAGAAACUCCUCUUGGAUUAAUAGAAAUUUCUGGAGAAUUUGGUUUGAAGCUGAUAAAGUGUUUUUGGAUUCUGCUAGAAGAAAUUAUUUGGAAUACAAAUUUGGUACAGUUAAAUCUAUCAAUACUUACAAUAAGAAAUUGGGAAAGAUUCCUUAUUAUAUUUGGGUUGGAUGUCAUAAAUCUAAGAAUGAAAAUUUAAUCCAUAGAAUCAAUUCUCAUGUUACUGAAUCUCCAUAUUUAAGUCCAGUUAAAACUUCAUCUGCCAGUAUCAUCUCCGUUGAUGAUCAACCUUAUAUGUCAAAAGGUCAUGAAGCUUUGAUUGAUAAUUUAUCUAAAAACUUACCUUAUCCAUCAAUUUACUAUCAAAAAGAGAUUUGGAGAGUUUAUUUUGAUGAUUUAAACCCCCAAUAUAAUCAAUUCAAAAAUCAAUAUAUCUAUGCUUUCACUUGGGAAGAUCCAAGAGAAGAUCAUAAGAUAUUGAAAUUCAAUGAAAAUGAUACUGUUUUGGCUAUUACCUCAGCUGGUGAUAAUAUCUUACAUUAUGCUUGUUUACCAAAUCCACCUAAAAAGAUCCAUGCUGUUGAUUUGAAUCCUUGUCAAGGACAUUUGUUAGAAUUAAAAUUAUCUGCCUUUAGAAACUUACCAAAAGAUCAAAUCUGGUCCCUUUUUGGUGAAGGUAAAAUCGAUAACUUCAAAGAACUCUUGUUAACCAAAUUAUCCAAAUCAAUUUCUUCAAAUAACUUACAAUAUUGGUUUGAAAGAGGUAAUAAAACUUUUGAUCCAAAAGGUCAAGGUUUAUACGAUACUGGUUCUACCAGAUGGGCUUUGAGAUUAGCCAAAUAUAUCUUUACCUUAUGUGGAUUGAACAAACAUAUCAGACAAUUAUGUGAAUGUACUACCAUGAAAGAACAAGUCGAGAUUUGGAAUAAUAAGAUCAAACCUCAUUUGUUUAAUCCAAUUGUAGCUACUUUAUUAAUUGGUAAUCCAAUUUUCCUUUGGAAAGCUUUAGGAGUUCCACCAAAUCAAGCUAAGAUGAUGGGUCCUUCAGUUAUGAAAUAUGUUGUUGAUACUUUAGAUCCAGUUAUCAACAGAUCUUUGAUUUCCUCCGAUAAUUAUUUCUAUUAUUUGACUUUAAUGGGUAAAUACUCCAAACAAAAUUGCCCUGAUUAUUUAACUGCCAAAGGUUACAACAAUAUUACCAGAGUUGACCCUAAAACCGGCGAAAGUCCUUUGGAUCAUAUAAGACUUCAUACUGACACUUUAAAUGAUGUGUUCUAUAGAUUGAAAGAAAGUAGUUUGACUAUCGCUAUUAUUAUGGAUCAUAUGGAUUGGUUUGAUCCAAAUGGUAAAGAUGCUGUCAAUGAAAUCUUAGCUGUUAAGAAAGCUUUAUGUAAAAACGGUAGAGUUAUGUUAAGAUCAGCUGCUCAAUAUCCAUGGUACAUUAAAAUCUUCGAACAAAAUGGAUUCAGAUGUGAACCAGCUGCUAUUAGAGAAAGUGGUGAAAGUAUUGAUAGAAUCAAUAUGUACGCUUCAACUUGGGUUUGUACCAAAAUUGAAGACAAAAGAAGAAUGAGUUCUUUAAGAAUUUAG